UUUUCGAUUUAUUUUUGCCAGGCGCUGCUCAAGAUCCUGUUCAUCACACUAAUAUAUUUUCCCUUUCUACAUUUUCCAGCUGCUCUGGGCGACUAUCUGCCCGUGGAUGCGGUGAUCAAUGCGCAAGGCCAGUGCGUGCUGGACAAGUGCCCCAAGCUGCGCUUCAUCCAGGGCCAACGGAAGUCGCUGCAGCUGGUCUAUGACAAAUAUGCGUACGCCAAGAACAACGAGCACGGCGCCACCACCUACUGGAAUUGUCGCAUACGACGCACUGGAUUGCCGGCGUGCAAUGCACGUCUCUCCACGACCCGGCUUCCCAAGGGCAGCUACAAAGUGUGCCUGACACGUCCGCAGCACAAUCAUCCGCCGUCCAGGCGCAUCGCCCGCAUGCUAGAGAGCCAUAACCCAUGCGCACGAUAGCCCAGGAACUGGCCAGCAAUAUAGCCGGGUUUAGACUUUAAGCUGAAAACAAAACAAAAUAUAUGUAAACCCUGAAUGGCGAAACGACUUGAAAACGACUCUGAUUAAUACUGAUUAAUUAAUAAGUCUUAGAUCCAAUUUUAA